UCCUAUGGGGCUGGCUGAAGUCCGUUUUACAGCUUUCUUGAGUCAAGCACAUUAUCAAGUUCAUGUGCUUGAUAACUAUCGUUUUAGCACAAAUUUGAUGGAGCUCAGAAGCCCAGUCCAAGAGAAGCCACCCCCCAAUUCUCUGGCCAUCCGCCAGGAGGAUCCAGGGCCCAACGGCUGCAGGAAAUUCUGCCCAUGGAUUCCUUCCAACUUCUGGGAAGAGGCAAAGAAGAUACUAGUGCUGGCAGGACCCCUGACAAUCAUCCAAUUGCUGGUGUUUAUGAUCCACGUUGUCAGCUCGAUAUUCUGUGGCCAUCUCGGCAAGGUGGAGUUGGCAUCUGUCACACUUGCCAUUGCAGUGAUAAAUGUAACGGGUAUCUCUGUUGGAUUUGGUUUGUCUUCAGCCUGCGACACAUUGGUAUCACAAACCUAUGGCGGGAAGAACAUGAAGCGUGUCGGGACCAUCCUACAGCGAGGAGUCCUCAUCCUUUUGCUUUGCUGCUUCCCUUGUUGGGCCAUUUUCAUCAACACUGAACAGUUACUCUUGCUCAUUCGACAAAACCCAGAAGUCUCCAGACUCACUCAGGUUUAUGUUAUGAUCUUCAUUCCAGCACUUCCUGCAACCUUUAUUUACCAGUUAGAGACAAGGUACUUGCAAAACCAGAGGAUCAUCUGGCCAGAGGUCUUGUGCGGCACCAUAGGCAAUGUUGUCAACCUGAUUGCAAACUACGUCUUCCUCUAUCAGCUGGGAAUGGGGGUCAGGGGCUCUGCCUGGGCUAACACCAUUGCCCAGUAUUCUCAAGCCAUCAUCUUGUUCCUGUACAUCCGAUGGAAAAAGCUCCAUGUGGAGACUUGGGGAGGGUGGUCCACUGAAUGUCUCCAGGAAUGGGGCGUGUUCAUGUCUUUAGCCAUUCCCAGCAUGCUCAUGAUCUGCAUUGAAUGGUGGACAUUUGAAAUCGGAAGCUUUCUGAUAGGCCUCCUAAGCGUUGUGGACUUGUCAGCUCAAUCCAUCAUUUAUGAAGUUUCCACGGUGGUUUUUAUGAUUGCAUUUGGGAUCGGCACAUCAGCCAGUGUCUUGGUGGGGAAUGCCUUAGGGGCUGGCAACGAAGAGGUGGCCAAGAAGACAUCUGUGGUCGCCAUGUUAUGCACAGUGGGUUUUGCCCUCCUGAUGAGUGUCGUCCUGACAGCAGCAAAAGAUGUCCUGGCCUACAUCUUUACCAGUGAAGAAGAGAUUGUUGCACUCGUGGCUUGGGUUAUGCCGGUCUAUGUGGCCUACCACCUGUUUGAAGCCGUGUGCUGUACAGGCAGCGGAAUUUUACGUGGGUCAGGCAAGCAGAAGCUCGGGGCCAUUUUCAACGCCAUUGGCUAUUACUUGGUGGGCUUGCCUGUCGUGGUUGUGCUGCUCUUCGUGGCCAAAAUCGGAUUGAUAGGGCUUUGGCUGGGCAUGCUGGUCUGUGCCUUGAUCCCAUCUAUUUGUUGCAUAGUCUACAUAGCCCGGAUGAACUGGAAGCAGGCAGCGGAGGAGGCUCAGCACCGUGCAGGGUUGACUCAGAAGCAGCCGGAGAAUUCGAACGCUUCUUCCCUCUCUACUAAGAUGGCUCCCUUCUCAGCAAAAACAGAUGCUGAGAAUGGAGCCGUUCUGCUAAGGGUUACCAAGACGGAUGGACCAAGCUACCAAAUUCAGAGCCAGGAGGAGAUGCCCAGCCGCUCCACGGUCGGUCACGUUCUGACCACAAAACAGCUGAUUGUGUACCGGGGACUGGCUGUUGUGGCUGCUUUAGCUGUGCUGGCUGUAGGAGUUGUGAUACGAUUCUUCACCGUUACAGAUUAAGCACCUCAACUGAUGGUCCAAGGAAGAAACAGAACAGCCCCCCCUAACAAAACAAGAGAGGUCAGAGCCUGGAGAUGGUCGACCUGUUCUUUAAAUUAUCCACUCCAGGGCUGUGAUGCUGGUAGAAUUUGAAUCUUGUUCCUGCAAAAUCCCAAACUGGAACUCCUCACAGUCACUGGACAUCGGUUGUAUGGGCUGUGAUUUAUGGAGUUAACAAUCAAAGAGACCUUCGGUGCCCAUCAGACUCAUUCAAAGCCAAGUGGCAUUUGGGGCGAAAUGACAAAGUCACUGGAGACAUUCAGUGGCAGAAUUGAAAACCAAAUGCCAGUAUUCGACCAAUAAACAAAAGCUUCCAUUC